AAUAAAACGUGGAAAAUGGAUAAAGAAAGCCUGACCCAACAAUAUGAGCCGGUGGCGGAGAUUGGCGAAGGUGCUUACGGAAAGGUGUACAAAGCAAGGGACUUGAAGAAUGGGGGACGAUUUGUCGCCCUUAAAAGAGUGCGAGUGCAGACCGAAGAAGAGGGAAUGCCCCUUUCAACUAUCCGCGAGGUGGCAGUACUGAGGCAGCUGGAGUCAUUUGAGCACCCCAAUGUUGUCAGGCUGUUUGAUGUCUGUACAGUUUCUAGAACUGAUCGCGAGACCAAACUGACCCUGGUCUUUGAGCAUGUGGACCAAGACUUGACCACAUACUUGGAGAAAGCACCAGAACCAGGAGUACCUCCAGAAACUAUAAAGGACAUGAUGUACCAGUUGCUACAGGGUCUGGACUUCCUUCACUCUCACCGUGUGGUUCACCGAGACCUGAAGCCUCAGAACAUUCUGGUCACCAGUGGAGGACAGAUUAAACUGGCUGACUUUGGCCUGGCACGCAUAUACAGCUUUCAAAUGGCGCUUACUUCAGUGGUGGUCACACUGUGGUACCGGGCUCCAGAAGUGCUCCUGCAGUCCAGCUACGCUACCCCAGUGGACCUGUGGAGUGUGGGCUGCAUCUUUGCUGAGAUGUUCAGGAGAAGACCCCUUUUCCGUGGGAAUUCUGAUGUUGACCAGCUGGGCAAGAUUUUUGAUGUGGUUGGUGUUCCUUCUGCUGAAGACUGGCCCCAGGAGGUGGGCUUGCCCCAGAGUGCCUUCUCCCCUCGCCCUCCCCAGCCCAUAGAAGAACUUGUGCCAGACAUGGAUGAUCUUGGCAAAUCCCUUUUACUUCAAUUUCUGUCAUUCAAUCCAGCCAGAAGGAUAUCAGCUUAUGAUGCGCUGUCUCACCCAUACUUCCAGAGUCUGAACAGCAGCAGCAAGAGCCUGUAUGCCCAACCCUUGCCCAGCAAGAAGCCCUCCCUGGAGGAGAGAGCUGCAUGAAAGUCCUCCAAACCCUUUUUACAGACUUGCUGUGCCCAAGGCUCUGACUCCAGAACCACGAUGCCCCCCCACCCUCCGAACUUGUCUUCCGUCACAACUCCACAUGCUGCUUUUAGGUCUCUUUAAAGUAUUACAGCAACUCAUGGUUGAUCCUUGUCUGCUGUCAGGCAGAGUGGCCCAGUGGCAGGUAAACUUACUCACUGCCAGGGGGGAUUUACAGAAAAAGUCAGAAGCUGCUUUCCUGCCUGCCUGUCUUCCCCAAAAAUAAGUCCCUCUGCUCAGAGGAAACUGCUGCCAGCUAUGCGAUAUUGAGGCUGCUACAUCACAACGCCAGGGAUCACUCUGUGCUUAAGGGUGCCAAUAAACUGCCAGAACGCAAGCAAGGCUCAUUGGCCUGUCACUGCCCUAAACCUGCAAGCUUGGGCCCCACUGCCUGGGACUGACCUGGCCUCACAUUUUUACUCUACAAAACACAAGAACUGUCACUGCCAGGGUAGAUCUGUUGAACAGAACCCCACUAAAGAAGAUAUAACCCCUUAUGCUACUAAAGUACCAAGAAUUAUGGGCCAAAUUAUUUCCUUUAGUUACUUGUCACCUUGUGGCCAUGGCCUCCAGGCUAAGGCUGGCCUUUGUGAAUCUUCACAACAAUGAGUGCACAUUUUGGUUCCCAUUGGUUUGGUGCAUUAUAGAAGAUGCCGUAAAAUGCUGUAAAUGUAAGAUGAGGAGGCAUAAAGCUUUUAUCUUUCUCCUCACCACUGACAAGGCAUUUGGAGCACUGCUCACUGCUAUAUUCUACCCCAGAGACACCAAACACUUCUGGGCCGAUUUUCUGGACCCAGACUAAGCCUAGUCCUUUUUGGCAGAGUACUUAAAUUUACCAUUCAUGUCUGGUAAAUUGGCCCUCUAAACUUCUAGUAAUAUGUAACAACACUCCCUGGCUUAAUGCUAAAUCAGAUGUUCCAUUCUACUUUCCACACUGUUCAAUUAUUUUUUUAAAAUAUCAGUGUUGAUCGUUGAUUACUUAUUGUUGUUUUUUUUAAUGUUGGUUUUUUUUUGGUUUUUUUUUGAAGGUGUAGGGCCUUUUUCAAGAAUACUAUAUCCCAUGUAUGAUGUCAUACAGUGUGGCCCUGUUACUGGGCAAAUGGUAUAGUAACUCAUUUAUGUAGUUAUUAAAGGGAUGCCCCUUCUUGGGUAGCAUGUUGCUAUUAGAAUGAAUCAGUAUCAAAGUAAGUGGAUAUGUAUACAGCAUGUGGUUUUGGUAUAUAGCUGUAGUGCAGUAAAGUAUGAAAAACCUAGUUUUAGAGAUGGCGAUUGAGGUUUAAAAUUUCAAAAGUCAGGUCAUGAGAGCGUUCGCAAAGGAUGAGGAGGAUAAUGUGAGAAUUGCGUGACUGCUGGAAUUCAGGACUUUGUAUAUAUAGUUAAAACUCAAUAAUUUCCUUCAGAAUUUUAUAUCUGUUAGAUGUUUGGUUAGAGAGUAGCUGGAUGGGUCUCCUCUUCUUUCAUACUACAGAUGAGUUUGAAAGGAGGGAGAUAAGGAAGAAGAGAAGGAUGCUGCUUUAGAAACGUAGGACAUGGCUGAGGUGGGACUAAUCUGAGGAGAAGAUACACACAGGCACUGUAACACAGACCUAAACCCACAGGUUCAUCCAGAUAAGCACUGGUGCUUCGUUCAUACACUCAGGAUCUCAGUAGACUCAUUGGUUUGUAUUUACCAGACAGCUUGAAGUAUACCCACUAAUGCAGUUUGGAGCUUCGCCUUGCAUAGUGAAGAAUAUGAGGUCUGAUAAAUACAACUCACUCUCUUCAACUUUCCCCUCUCAGGACUAUUUAUGAUUGUGGUUUUAGAUUCAACAUGUUUCAGGUCUAAAUCAACUUAAUCAUUGUUAUAGCAUAUUAAAUUAAGUCAGCAAACUAUUCACUGUAUUAAUUCUAAAUUAAUUUAAUUUCAUUCAUCAUCAUCCGUUUUAACACUGUUUGUAACAUGGCAUUCUGGACUCAUAUUUGAAAUGAGAAUAAAACAUGGAGGUAGUUAUCGGUCUCUUUUUUUCUGUUGUGAAACAACCCGUCACUCUUUUAUACUGCUAACAUACCUUCACUUUUUUGUGUGAUGGUAAAAUGCUUCUUCUCUCUUGGCUGGAUUUACAUUUUUGUACUGCUUGACUGAUUUACAGUUAUCUACUGAACAGUAAUCAAAGCAUAACUUUUCCAUCAGACAGCAAAAAAGAGUGGGUUGAUUAGUUUUCGUUGGGCAUUAGAUGUCAGAAAAUAUGGAUGUUUUCAUGGUAAAAUAUGUGAUUGUGGCUUUCACUCUGUUUUUUUUUGUAUUCAACUUCAAUAGGCUUAAAUGGUCUGAAAAUAAUUUCAUGGUGACUUAGAAUUAGCUGAGUUGCAGGUUAAAGCUCUGAAAUGUAACAUUAUAAGAUAAUUAAAUUUCUAUGUUGACAUAAUAUAGCUCCGUCAACAACAACAGCACCUUGAAAUCGCCCAUCUCAAUGUCUUUCCCUCUGAAACACAAAAAGCUUUUCAGUUAUUAUAUUUUUAAUUUUCUUCCCAUUAAAAUGCAUGAGGGUGAUAUAAACAAUAAACUGAAAUAUUUCCCAUUGUUCAUACUCCUUUGGUUUAGUUAAAAAUUGAAAUAUAAUCAGCUGAGGUUUUUUUUUUUAAAUUUAAUCAGUUAUUAUUUUUCAAACUUGUAUCAUGUUGCUGGGUAGUGGUUCUUUGCAUUGACAUAUUUUAUAAAGCUCCUUAAACUUUGCCUCCACUUUAACUGUAUUCAUUUUGUUUUAUUUAUUGGCAUUUAAAUGGUAAUACUUAAAAAAACAAAUUGUGUGACAAGAAACAAACCUGUCUAAUUGGGUGAUGGUGUAUUGAUGGUGCUAUUCUAUAACUAUUGCUUGAACUUGAAAAGUUAUUUUCUUUGGGGCAAAAAUUUUUAUCAAAAGUACAGUAAAGGUAAUUUGUGUCUUUCAAGGUUAAAUUUCCAUUAAUGACCAGAGAACAUAUUUAAUUAGAUAUUUAAAACUGCUAUUAAAUAUAGCCAAUGAACAGACUUGUAUCUGCACAAAGUAGUGUGCAUAGUUUCUAAUGUUACAAUAAACAUCUUCUUAAAGCCUCAAAACUAUAUACAGAUUUGAUUAUAUUUGGUAAUUAUUCUUUUAUGACUCACUGAUAACUUUUUUUUUUUUUUUUUGUAAAAUGUUACUGUGCACCACACAUAUGGGCUUUAAUGUAUUUCUUUGUAUUUCACUGGAAAAAUAAGCAAACCAUCAAGUUGUUUUGUUAGGCAUUUUGUUUCCUUGACUUUCCACUUGUUAACAUAGUAACCAGAAUGUUACAGGCUGUUUAUGCAUUAAUAAUAAUUUGUUGUUCUGUUCUAUGGAUUUAAUUAAUUGAUCAUUCUCUUAUUUACUGGUGUAUUUUAUUGUUUUUUUCCCCCCUAGAUAGCAGUCUUUUAAGCAUACAGAAGUUAGUUUUGGUCAGCUCCUCAUUUCUUUAUUAGGUUUUAGAAUAUUUGUUCUGGAUUUUGUCUGUUCUUUCAGAAUUUAUUUCAGAAUGUGGUUGGCACUUACCAAAUGCUGAACUGUUAUUUAAAAUAGGGGUUCAUGACACAAGCAUAGCAUAAUCUGCAUUCUUUUUUCAUAACUUCAUAUUCUUGUUCAGUUAUAUGAUAUGGUGACCUAAAAGUAUUUUCUUUUCUAAUAAGCAAUUACUUUCCACUUUUAUGUUUUUGAGCAAGGAAGGCAUGUAACGGAUUGGUAAAACAACUAGUAUGAUAAAUAUAACAGAUAUAAAAAUCAUUUAAUUAAUUAGCUAUAAGCUACAAUCAAAUGACAAAUUCAAAUGGCAGUAUCUUACCAUUAUCAGCACCACUGAAGACCAAUUCUAUAACUGUAUACAGCAUAAAAUAUCAAGCUAAUUUCAGUGGUUUUAGACUUGGUACGGUCUGUGCUUUUAUUUGUACACUAUACCAUUUUUCAGAACAAAAUGCUUUAUUGCUUUAUCCCAUUUUUGAUCAUGCUCAGUUUAAAGCUUUGAUUGCAGAAUGUUUCCAAGUUUUACAUGAACCAAAUUAGAGAGUAUCAACACUGGUCAAAGUACCAGCAUUUUUAAGGCUAAAAAGGUGAGCAAAGUGUGGAUAGGUUUUUUUUUAAUUAUUAUUGUUGUUGGUUUUUUCCUUUAAACUGGUUUGCUGCUAAAAUUUACAUAGGCUUGGCUCAAAUUUAUGAAAAAAGAAAAAGGCCCAUAGAGUUCCAAUUUAAUGCCAUUAUAUAAAUAAAGCUGCUUGUGCUAUGUGUUG